AUGAGGGUUACCAUACAGGAUGGGCGCCAGAUCGUGGGAAGGUUCAUGGCAUUUGAUCGGCACAUGAAUCUUGUCCUGGGAGAUGCGGAGGAAUUCAGGCGGUUGCCCCCAAAGAAGGGAAGAGAAGAGCAAGAGGAGCGAAGAGUGCUUGGACUGGUGUUGCUGCGGGGCGAAGAGGUCAUAUCACUAAUGAUCGAAGGACCACCCCCAGCUGACGAUGGCAGAGGCGACAGAGCACAAGUUGCUCCGGCAGGACCAGGGAUGGGGCGAGCUGCAGGGCGUGGCAUGCCUGUUGCUGCUCCUGGACAGCCUCCGGGGGGACUGGCAGGGCCAGCUCGUGGCGUUGGAGGCGCUGCUCCAGGAAUGAUGCUACCAAGGCCACAGGUUCAGGCGCCACCGAUCAUGAGGCCGGCUGGUCGGAUGGAUGUACCCAUGGGUGGCCCACGACCAAUGCCUCCGCAUGUGGGAGGAAGGCCAAUGACUGGUGCCCCCCCAAUGGGGAUGCCUCCUCCUGGCGGCAUGCCUCCACCUGGUAUGCCGCCGCCAGGAAUGCCACCGCCUGGUGUGAUGCCGCCGCCAGGGGCUCUACCACCAGGGGCUCGGCCUGGCAUGCCCCCUCCUGGGAUGCCACCCCCGAUGAUGAUGCGACCUGGUCAAAGGCCUGGCAUGAUGCCUCCGCCACAAGGGCACCCAAGAAUGCCGCCCCCAGGACAGUAG